CUGGUUGGUGCCAUAAUGGGACGUGGUGGCAAGCGGCUUAAUCAGGUUCGGAGGGUGUCGGCUGCCGAAAUAAAAGUCAGUCCAUUGGACCCUUGCUCUGAGGAUAGGAUAAUCACGAUAACGGGCACUCCUGAGCAGAUACAGAGUGCUCAGUUCUACUUACAACUCUGUGUGAAGCGUUCCAACGAGUUGUACUAA